AUGGUAUACGAAAAUGGCGAUUAUGAAGCUGACUUUGAGCUUCUUGAUGGCUCACGAACUCCAAUAAGAUUCUCCGGUGAAAAUUAUUCUAAUGACAUGUUUAUGUAUGGUGUAGGCAAUGAUGCUAUAAGUGUAGGGUGGCUGCCAACUAUCUCCAUCACUUCUACAGUGGCACCAGCCGAAAGGGUUAGGGAGAUGACUGUGGAGAGGAUGGAGCCGUCGACGAAGGUGCCUAGGGUGAAGAAUUAUAGAGGUGUUAGGAGGCGGCUGUGGGGAAAAUUUGCAGCGGAGAUAAGGAAUUCAUCAAAAAAUGGGUCCCGAGUAUGGCAAGGUACAUAUGAGACAGCGGAGGAUGCUGCAUUGGCCUAUGAUAGGGCAACGUAUCAUAUUCAUGGCUCACGAACAUUGCUGAAUUUUUCGCAUAGGAUAAAUUCCGGCAAGCUGGAGCCCAUCCGUGUUACAUUAAAGAGGACUUCAACGUCACCGGAUCAGAUUUCUUAUUCCAGUUCAUCAAAAAAUAGGGCAACUAAGAAACGGAAGAAGGUGGUUGCACCGCCAGUGGUGCAAAAUGGGUGCUGA